GAAGGCAGCAACACCAGAUCCAAGAUGGUGGCCAGCAGGAGGCUGAUGAAGGAGCUUGAAGAAAUCCGCAAAUGUGGAAUGAAAAACUUCCGUAACAUCCAGGUUGAUGAAGCUAAUUUAUUGACUUGGCAAGGGCUUAUUGUUCCUGACAACCCUCUAUAUGACAAGGGAGCCUUCAGAAUCGAAAUCAACUUUCCAGCAGAAUACCCAUUCAAACCACCUAAGAUCACAUUUAAAACCAAGAUCUAUCACCCCAACAUCGAUGAAAAGGGACAAGUCUGUCUGCCAGUAAUCAGUGCUGAAAACUGGAAGCCAGCAACGAAAACCGACCAAGUAAUCCAGUCUCUCAUAGCACCGGUGAAUGACCCCCAGCCUGAGCACCCGCUUCGGGCUGACCGAGCUGAAGAAUACUCUAAGGACCGUAAGAAAUUCUGUAGGAAUGUGGAAGAGUUUACAAAGAAAUGUGGGGAAAAGUGACCUGUGGACUAGAAUCUGCCACGAUUGAUUCCAGCAAAUGUGAGCAGAGACCCCGAGCAGUGCAUUCAGACACCCCGCAAAGUAGGACUCAGUGGAAAAUUGACACGGGCCACCACCUGGCGUUUGCUUGUGGCAGUUACUAACUUUCUACAGUUUUCUUAAUCAAAAGUGGUGUUAGGUAACCUGUAAAGAAAGGAUUAAAAAUUUAAGAUGUU